AUGGUUGCCGGUCCUGAUGUGACUGUGCACAGCCAUGCGUCUCGUGCAAGGAGAGCGUUUGCAACCGAUUCUACUGGCUUCACUCAAACUGGCUAUGCUUCAAACAGCUCUAUCCCCAUCACCUCAUCGCCCUCUUCCUCAUUCGAGAAAUUCGGAAUCUACAUGUCACAACGCAGGUGCGGCGACAAUAUCGUUCGGAGAAACAGACCAGCAGAAUGCAGUGGUUUCUAUCCCUUGCCGUCUGAAGUUAGGCUGGGCGUGAAAGUGAAAGACAUAGCUCCGGAUAACAACUCGACUCUUCUGCUUUUGGCAAAGUGCUCAGGUUCUCAUCUUGGGAACUGGAGUGACACGGGAACAGGGAUGGGAUACAGUUUACCAACAGCGGCGCUCUGGCAGGAAGCCGGCCACCAAAGCGGACCUCCGACUGUAUUUUCCCGGAAAAGGCCUCCCCCGUAUACUGGAGGCCCAGGUAUAUUACCAGCAGAACCACCGCCAUCUGGAGUCCCAACGGCCGAGAGCGGCACCGCAAAUGAUACGAUGGCAAUAUUCUCAUCUAGCAACAACUUCAAUGAAUUCGGAUCACCAAGUUUCCACACAACCGAUCUAACAGCUCCGCCAAAUCUGACGGCAUCCUCAGAAUUAUCGAAUGCACAAAAAACAUCUCCCGAUACACCGACAUCAUUGGAUGUUAUUGGGGCCUCAUGCCAUUCGCUUAAGACGAGUAAUCCCGGGGCAUCCCUCACUUGUUGGCGUGAAGAACUGGGAAGUACAUCGGACAUCUUACGGUCACUCAGCGCGAAAGACCCGUUUGCGACGGUCAUGCCAUCCCCAAGCUGUUCGCCCUCCUCGGGCACAGUAUGUGAUUUUUCAAAUGUCAGUCCCUCCACCGUCAUGACCACCACAGAGUCCUACCGUCCGACAAGUCCAAAGAUCAUCGAUCCAACAACUCCGGCAGCCGCCUCGGAGACAAAUUCUAUUGACUCAGACUCCACUUCUCAAUCCGCUAUUCAUGCAUCUAUAACGCCAAACACAUUUUCCACCUCCACGUCUUCCUCGUUGCCAGAAGCAGCAACGGUAGCCAGCUCCUCUCGAUCAGCACCCCUGGCAGAUCCGACGUCUACAGUGGGAACUGAACCCGCUUCAGCGGAAAUUCCUCCUAGCAGUAAGGCUGCAUGUACGUUGACCAUAAUCUUGUCAGUGGUAUUUGGAGUGGCGUUCCUCAUGCUCGUUCUUCUCCUCGCUUGGCGUCGGUUCCACAAAAAGUCAUUCGACAUGCACAUGUCCUGGUGUCCCGGAUUCACCACACUACACCGCUGGUCCGAAACUCGAUCCAGAAAUCGGAGUGUGCGUUCCCUGCGCGCAACUUAUACGGGUGACAACAAUGGUUUCAUGGACAUCACAUAUGGUCCUUACCGACGCACGUACCACGCAGACGCGACAAAGGCAAGAGCGAAAGAGAGCUUUGAAACCAUUUCCGGUUCCCUUCCGAGGCAGCGAGGACACCUUAGUUUCUCUAGUCCAAUGACGCAAACAAGCAACGUCCACCGGGUUCCUGAGCCUCGGAGGUCUCGGGCUAGGCGAAGUGGAACGGAGAACAACUCUGAUACUGAGAGUAUUGAGAGCUGGCAAGAGAAAUGGCAUGGCUUCGGGCACGAAAGAAAUCCGGUCGGUGCGAGCACGUCACCUAGUAGGUAUUCGAACACGCAUGAACCAAGGUUUCAGUGGGAUAGGGAAACGUGGACCUGA